AGUGGGAAGAGAAUUUCACAAUUUGCCGGUCAAGGAUCCAUUAGUGUAGCAUAGCAUACAAAUAUAUACGAUCAAUUUACAACUCCGUUUGAUUUCAUGAGCCGGGACGAGAGAAAACGCAGGUUUAACGAAGCAAUUGUUAACACGCUAUAUCCCUCAUCUCCACAAGAUUUGGAACCAGAAGAAGACUCAGUCAAAUUGCAGCCUUACUCCGACGUUAUUUCAGGCUCAUUAGAUGACUGUGAAAAUGCCUCAACCAGCGGUGAAGAAGAAGGACAUGAUUCUGAGAUGGAGAAACUCACUAGAGCUCAACGAAAGAGAAUUCGUAAGAAGAAGAUGAAGGAAGAAGCAAUACUACGUGGAAAAUUGAUUGGGCCAUUGUUGCCUCCGACCCAAGCAACCCAGUGUGGGGAUGAUGCUCCUCCUCCAACUGUUCGAUCAAAUGCUUCUCAGGAAGGUGAUGAGACGGUUUGCGUUAACUCCAAGAAAAUGAAGCAGCGGAGGAUGGCAAAAAGGGUUGCCAAAGAAAAGCGAGUUGCCUCUCCAUUGGACAAAUGCAAUCAAAGUUCAAUUUCAAGUGAUGCUGUGGAUGACAUGAGAGAAGCUCGUCCGUAAACAUAUUGUGUAGUUCUUUAGUACGUGAUAUGAAAAUAUACUAGUUAGUUUGUUGCAACUAUCACAAAAAUGGGGAUACAAUUUAGAGUAUUGUUUUUGUGUAUGUGUUGUUAUGCUCUUAAUGCAGUGAUCAUCAUUUUAAAUAA